GUCAUCGUAUCAUAUGUAUUUUCUGUUUUGUUGCUGUAUCUCUAGCGCCUCUCAUCUGGAUUUCAAUUCUACGCAAUACCUCAUACGUUGCUCAUGUUGUGUGAUUUCUGAAUGCAUUUCUUGAACUAAAUGAACGCUCGGACCGCCUAUCCGCAAAGGAGGCGCUCAGAGUUCCAUUAGUAUUAUUCACUCGUCCGACCGCCACACUUGAACUUGCAGGUCAACAUCGUGCAGGUUGCUCAUGAAGGUACUGCACGACGUUGGGAAUGCGCACGGUUAAGCUCGUUGUCAUUGGCCCAUCUGGUGUGGGCAAAACAAGCAUAAGGAAUCAGGUGUGUUUCAGAACUUUCGAGGCUAAUGUCAUUCACUCAAAAGGAUGGAAACAGUACAUAUCCGGACGCUUUACAACGGGCUAUCGUGCGACCAUUGGCGCAGACUUUAUCACGAAGACACUUCCACACCAUAGCAAUCCGGAUGAAUCUGUGACAUUGCAAAUUUGGGACACUGCAGGACAGGAGAGGUUCUCCAGCUUAUCUUCAGCAUUCUUCCGAGGCGCAGAUGCAGUUCUUCUCAUGUUUGACGUCAAUCAACCUCAAACUCUUGAGGCACUGACCAAAUGGUGGAACGACUUCAAAGAACGCGCCCCAGUAUUGGAUGAAGACGCCGACAAGUUUUGCUGCGUUGUAGUUGGCAACAAGAUUGACAUGAAUUCGGCUGGCCCGUCAAGAGUAACUGAGGAGCAAGCAUUGCAGUUCGUAGAAAAUCUCAUUCCUCCGAGCUCAAACUCUUCAUCUCCACAAUCGCCUGAGAAUGCUCAGCGCGCUCCCGUUGGAGAACCCAUCCCCUCACUGCUGCUAGAUGGUGCCGACAUACACGAGCUACGCACAGAUGCGUUCGAUACCGAAGCUAUUCCUAUUCUCCGUCCCCGUAGAACUGCUUCAGCUUCCCGUUCCCGCAGUCGAUCGACCCUUUUUCGAGGAAGUACAUUUGGCACGAUGACAACGGCAACACAUAGUAUCUAUCACACGCCCUCUUCAUCUCUGUUUGAUAAUUUCGAGUCGGCUCGUGCAUCUCCCGCUCCAACCUCAUCGCAUACCAUCUCUCGAUCUCCCUCGCGUUCACCUGUGCGACGAAUGCCUUCCGUGUCCUCCAUGUCUUCGGCACCAACAAUCACACCUAGCUUAUUCGGGCGCGGUCAGGCCACCACAGCAUGUACUACUCCUUCAUCCGUCUCGCCAUUACCUCCUCCACCGGAACGUCGCCCGAAAUUGUUCUUCACAUCAGCCAAAACUGGUGAAGGCGUCGCCGAAGUUUUUGAAUAUAUCGCGAAGCGUGUGGUGGUGCGAUGGGAUUACGAAGAAGCCGUUGAAGCACGGACGCUGCAUUUCCAGGAUGCUAGCGUUGACGAGACUAUCCGACUAGGCCUGUCAUCGUCGGAUCGCACUUUGUGGAAGAAACCAUCAUGUUGUGCUUCGUAGUUUUUCUUUGGUAUGUACUCCACCCAUUCGAGCGUAAUCUGCCAUCUUUAGCCUUUCGCUUUCCGCUUCGUGGUUCUCAACCAUAUGUAUCCGCAUCUACUUGGAUUUUCUGUAAUUUAUACAUGAUACCCAUACAGACGUCUACGCUCACUCAUUUUUUGGUUGACAUGUAGUUCUCUAGGUACUGUACAAUCACACACCUUUGGGUGAAUUUCCCAUAGACACAAAUUCUUGACUAAGAACAUGUUCCGUGGGCAACGCCAUCUACCUCAAUGACGGCAGAGGUCGUUGAAGGUCCCGAGUAGCCUGGAGUGCCGUCGACUGACAUUUCGCCACCCCUUAACGACCCUAGAUAGUUCUUUCCAGGUAAUCAUCUAUGACUUAUUCCCUUUCAGAAGAAUC